GGGCUCGUGCACUUAUGAGGCUUGUUCCUUUGGGUGGUGGCUACAAACUUUUCUGUUACUCUGUGGAGUCUGCUGUUCGACCAACGGUGGAAUGUUCGAAGGACGUGAAAAGUAUACUUGAUCCAUUUAAUAGUUAACGUGUUUGAACUACUGUACACGAUAUUAACUUUAACUUUCAUAGAUAUUUCAAGGAACUUAUAAAGGCUGGGGUUGUCUGGCCAAUUGUUACCGAGUUGCACGGGCGCUAUCAGGUAAUUAGCCAGUAAGCUAGCUAGUAAAGCCACGCAAAAGAAGAGAAAAACGCCUGAAGUCAUCGAGGACCAAUGCAGGCCAUAAAGUGUGUCGUGGUUGGAGAUGGGGCUGUUGGUAAAACAUGCCUGCUUAUCAGCUACACCACCAAUGCUUUCCCUGGAGAGUACAUCCCCACAGUAUUUGAUAAUUACUCUGCAAAUGUGAUGGUGGAUGGCAAACCAGUCAAUCUGGGUUUAUGGGACACAGCAGGACAGGAAGACUACGACAGGCUCCGUCCUCUCUCCUACCCCCAGACAGACGUGUUUCUGAUCUGCUUCUCUCUUGUGAGUCCUGCCUCUUUUGAAAAUGUCCGUGCAAAGUGGUACCCAGAGGUGAGACAUCACUGCCCAAACACUCCAAUCAUCCUGGUGGGAACCAAGCUUGAUCUGAGAGAUGACAAGGAUACCAUUGAGAAGCUGAAGGAGAAGAAGCUUACUCCCAUCACCUACCCUCAGGGCCUGGCCAUGGCUAAAGAGAUUGGAGCUGUGAAAUAUCUGGAAUGCUCGGCCCUGACGCAGCGUGGCCUUAAGACAGUGUUUGACGAGGCGAUUCGAGCUGUUCUCUGUCCACCGCCCGUGAAGAAGAGGAAGAGAAAAUGCUCUCUGCUCUAGACGAUGAGCGAGGCCUACAAUCCCAGCUGUAUUUUGAGGGAUAGGAAUGAGAUGGUUCACUUGUUCCAAUUUUCCUCCUUUUUUUUUUUUUUUUUCUUUCAUUUUCUUCCUCUUUUUUUUUCUUCCAUUGACUACAAGUUUAUAUCCUCACACAACUGAACAUAACCUCUAGAUUUAGGAACAGGACACAAUCAUCUCAAAUCCAUUUUUCCUUACACACUCAUACUGAUAUUAAAAUCAAUAUGGCCUUUCAACAGAUUUAAAAAACACCGUAAGAAGUUGUCUUGUAGUUUUUCUUUUAAGAGCCCUCGUUGUUUACAAGUCAAUGUCAGAACGAAAUAUAACGGUCUUGCCAAAUAGCACUACAAUAGCCAGGCAUCCACUACAACGUUCUUUAAAGAAUGAAUCCCGUAGAGUCCAUCACCUACCACAAAUCAGUACUCGUCACGGGCUCCAUGUUUGUAUUACAGUAACUCUUGCAUUUCAUACAGUAAAACAUUAGUCCUGAAUAACAGUGCUAGCAUAGCUUCAGUGUUUCUCAAGUACUUACGUACGAGCACAGUUAUACCUCGUCUUUGAUGAACGAUAAAGCCCGAUUCACUAGAAUCAGAAUUACUUUUAAUACCCUGCCUGGAUAUCCAACUUAAACAAGUUCACCUGUAGUCUAAAAGACUGUACUAAUAGGGAAUUAGUGAUGCAUCACAAAAUAAAACACUAUAUGGGGUUAUCAGCGUCAUUUAAUGGUUUGAAUGCAUUUAUCUUAACCCUUAAAUCUUGUAUUAAAAUUUCACUUCAUUCUUUUUAUAUCGGACAUUAAAAAGGCAACACUACUGUUGGUUGCGACAUGAAAGGAAUUUCUUUUUUUCCCCUUUGUAUUCCUAUCAUAGCUAAUUAUAUUUUUAACUAAACUUUUACUUUGUACACUAACAUUUAACUGUCAGCUGACUAGUAUGGUUCUAACAGUUUAAACUUGAUGAACAUGUCAUGCCUUGUGGCAUUCCGUGCUUGUUUUUGCAUGCUUCCUGUAACUGUCCCAAAAUACAAGUACACUAUGUGCAUUUGCCAUCGCAAAUCUGUGUGCACGAUUAGAGCCAAUGUUGUAACCAUGUUUUUAUUUUGUGUGUUUUUUUUUUUUUUUUUUUUUUAGGGAAAUUCCAAAUCAUUUUGUUUUGCAUAAAUGGUGACAAAUAAAGCAGAAUUAAAUGUG